UUAUAUUGACAUGUUAAGUCAGAAAAGAGCAUUAAAUAACCAUAAAGCUCAUCAUCAUAUUUCUCUGAUGUGUUCAUGUACGUGAGUGAAAUGUUUUCAGCUCCAGGUGUGAAUUUUGUGACCAUGCUGCAGAUCUGCUAAAGAGGUGGAAUUAUUAUCUAAGCAAUAAAACAUACCAGGUGGCUUGUUUCUGCACUCCCCAGGAGCUUACAUCUGCUGAUCUAAGGACUUAAACAUCAUAAUUAAUAAUGAGGGAUGACAAUGAAAUAUUACUUAUUCUGCUUUAUUGAGAAUGAAAAUACUGAGCAGGUAAAUAUGACUUUAAAUCUCACAAUACAGUUUGUGCAUGUGUCAGUGUGAUUCUUACAGUGAACAAUUGAAACAAGCUAAAAGGUUUCAUAAAAGUUUCACCCAAAAUGACAUAUGUACUUAAAAAUAAACAUCUCUAGAAAUUGUUUUGAGAAGCACUCGGGCCCACGGCACCCACUCCAUAAUAACAAACGAGGCAGUGAUUAGUGUGUGGGUGGAUCCUCACCAGUGUCUGAUCACAGCAUGGCGAACCUGACAGUUUAAUGGCCCCAUUACCGUCUAAAUACAAAAAAAACGCAAAGUGGAACACACACCACCAUGAGGAAGAAAUGACAUAAAAUGGAGGUUUUUAAUCACGCACUGACUGGCUGCACCAAUGGAGCUUUCAGAUUGCUCUCUAAGUGCGCAACAGUAAAACUAAUUGGUUAACACUGUUAAUGUCUUUUUAGUAAAAUCUGAAAGAUAUUCUCAUGGCUAGUAUUAGAGGCAGUGAAUAUAAUUAAUAACAAUGAUUGAGGUGAAUGAUUAAGGCUUUGCUGAAUCCAAAUCAUAUUAUAUAGUUCCUAACAUGAUUCUCUACUAUGGUUCCUUAACUUUUUACAGUCAUUAUCUAUUCAGGUCAAUCAUCAACAGGUAAUGACUAAUAGCCAUCCGUUUGCUAAUCCACAUUCCUCACCUAAUCAGAACAUCUCCAAUGAGAGGAAAUUUGUCCAACAAGCUAUAUCUCUCUGCCUUUAUAUUCAGUGAUGACCUUUGGACUUGGACCCUUGAGGGAGUGGCUGGGUAGGUCCUAUCACUAUUGGCUCCAGUGUUCUACUCUAGGGCUGGAAUGACUUUCCUCUCUUUCACAAACUAACUACCAACUCUCAGACAACUUCUGCAUUAAGUUCUCUCAUCUAAUCUACAUUCUCAAUGUCUGUCAGCUCGAAAGAAACCUCUGGACUGUCAAGACAAGAUCUACGUGGUGGGCGUCAUCUCUUAACUUUCCAGUAUUCCUUGCCUGGUAUCCCAGUAGCAAAGCACGGACCUAUAGACCUGCGGACCUCCAUGGACGGCAAAUACAAAGAAAUUGCUGAGGAGCUGUUGUCGCGCAGUCUGGCUGAGAGCGAAAUGCGCAGUGCCCCAUAUGAGUUUCCGGAGGACAGUCCCAUCGAGCAGCUGGAGGAGCGGAGGCAAAGACUCGAGCGACAGAUCAGCCAGGAUGUUAAAUAUGAGCCUGACAUUCUUCUCCGAGCCAAGCAGGACUUUUUGAAGACAGACAGUGCCACUGACCUUGAGUAUCUGAAGGAGCAGAGUGAAGCGCGACUGGAUCUAUAUCCAGAGCACGAGCUCAUACCAGAGAGGGAGUACCAGAGAGUCACCAUCUCUGGAGAAGAAAAAUGUGGUGUUCCCUUCACAGACCUGCUGGAUGCUGCUAAGUGUGUGGUGAAGGCUCUGUUCAUCAGAGAGAAGUACAUGGCUCUGUCCAUGCAGAGCUUUUGCAGGACCACUGCUCGGUACUUGACGGAGCUUGGAGACAGGCCUCUGGACAUCAGUGCAUACCAAGAGAUGCCUGAGACCUCCAUAACUGCAGAUGCCCCAGUCCAUCCACCGGUCUCAGAGACACACCCCUAUGAGGGCUUAGACCCAACUAGCAUGCCACCAGACAUGGGCUACAGCUGCAAGAUGAUAGAUGGUGUUGUACAUGUGUUUACUCAUAAGAGCAAUAUGGAAAAAGCUACAGAGCUGGACCUACCCUACCCUGAUCUGCAAGAGUAUAUAGCUGACAUGAAUGUCAUGAUGGCCCUCAUCAUUAACGGACCAGUAAAAUCAUUUUGCUAUCGGCGGCUGCAGUACCUGAGCUCCAAGUUUCAGAUGCACAUCCUCUUGAAUGAAAUGAAGGAGUUGGCAGCUCAGAAGAAAGUUCCUCAUCGGGAUUUUUACAACAUACGCAAGGUGGACACACACAUCCACGCUUCAUCCUGCAUGAAUCAGAAGCACCUACUACGCUUCAUUAAGAGGGCCAUGAAGAAGUACCCUAAGGAGAUUGUACAUGUGGAGAAAGGUCGAGAACAGACACUUAUGGAGGUCUUUGAGAGUAUGAAUCUGACAGCUUUCGACCUCAGUGUUGACACACUAGACAUGCAUGCGGAUCGAAACACUUUCCAUCGCUUUGACAAAUUCAACUCCAAGUACAACCCAAUUGGAGAGUCCAUCCUCCGGGAGAUCUUUAUUAAAACAGACAACCAUAUUGAAGGGAAAUAUUUUGGACACAUUAUCAAGGAGGUGAUGGAAGAUCUUGAGGAAAGUAAAUAUCAGAACGUUGAGCUGCGUCUCUCCAUCUAUGGCCGUUCCAGGGAUGAGUGGGAUAAACUGGCACUGUGGGCCGUCAAGCACAGAGUCUACUCUGACAAUGUGCGCUGGCUCGUCCAAGUGCCUCGUCUGUUUGAUGUCUAUCACACUAAGAAACAGCUGAGUAAUUUCCAGGAGAUGUUGGAGAACAUCUUCAUGCCUUUGUUUGAAGUCACCAUCCAACCAAGUAGCCACCCAGAGCUGCAUGUCUUCCUGCAACAUGUGGUUGGGUUUGACAGCGUGGAUGACGAGUCCAAACCAGAGCACCACAUCUUUAACCUGGACAGUCCUCUACCUGCCAACUGGAUCGAGGAAGAUAAUCCACCUUAUUCUUACUAUCUCUAUUAUACGUUCGCCAAUAUGACUGUGCUAAACCACCUACGCAGGAGCAGGAACUUCAAUACAUUUGUGCUGAGGCCACACUGUGGUGAAGCAGGACCAAUUCAUCACCUGGUGUCUGGCUUCAUGCUGUCAGAGAACAUCUCCCAUGGCCUGCUGCUCAGGAAGGCUCCUGUUCUGCAGUAUCUGUAUUAUCUGGCUCAGAUCGGCAUUGCCAUGUCUCCUCUCAGCAACAACAGCUUGUUCCUUAGCUACCAUCGUAACCCGCUGCCUGAAUAUCUGUCCAGAGGCCUAAUGGUCUCCUUAUCUACGGACGACCCUCUGCAGUUUCACUUCACAAAGGAGCCAUUAAUGGAGGAGUACAGUAUAGCUGCUCAGGUGUGGAAGCUGAGCUCGUGUGAUAUGUGUGAACUGGCAAGAAACAGUGUACUAAUGAGUGGCUUCUCCCACAAGGUGAAGAGUAACUGGCUGGGCCCAAAUUACAUCAAAGAAGGCCAGGAAAGCAACGACAUCCGCCGGACCAACGUCCCCGACAUUCGUGUGGCGUACCGCUUUGAGACGCUUUGCGAAGAGCUGAAUCUGAUCACACAGGCAGUGAGGAGCGAGGAACUAGAGACCAUCGAGGAGGAGGCUCCAUGCAUGAAGAUAGUGCAGAGUGCACAGUAGGGACAGGGUACACUAGCACCGAGUAGAGAGUCUGAAUGGGGCUGUUUGAGGAAACUGGUAGUCACAUCUGAGGUGAUGCUUAGAGUGUUAAACUGAUGUUAAACAUACUGCAUCAACACAAAAAAGAAAAGUGAAAAUUUUAAACAACUUGUGCAUGCCCUUUUGAAUGUAAACUAGAUUACUGAACCUGUCUUCAGUACUGCCUGCAGAAACACCAUUCCUGAAAGUUAUGCACCUCACAUUGUCAACAGCCGGUAGUUUGCACCAGUGGUCACAGCUCCUAUCAGAUAUUACCAUAUUAAGAUGCCAUGGCCCCAGCAAGCAUGACAAACCAAUGCGCUGCUAUGUGUUGGUGUACUUUUGUGGUGGUGGUGUUGUUAUUGUUCAAGGCCUUAUUUAUAGCAUUAUCAAAAACUGGCCUGGCACUUUCUAUGACAUCUGAUUGGGAUUAAUUAGAUCAUGGACAUCAAACAUGGUGUAUUAGGGAUAGUUUUAAUGGAAAAUCAAUGCCAUGAACAAUGGUUCUGUGUCAGAGCUGCUAUUCUACACAGUGUCUGAUUUUAAAUUAACAUCUCAUCUUUUUUGUCAGUUAUAUUCCGAUCAUGUUGACUUGUACCUGGCACCUGUGUUAUUUACUGGUUUAUUAGUGCAUUUACCCAUUAGAACCAUAUUGUCUUUUAUACAUGUGUGUACUUGGAUAAUUGUACUAAAUAAUUUAUUGUAACUGAAAAAAAUUAAGUAAACUUUAUUUUCCUCUUC